AUGAGUCAAACACUUAUUCAGAAUUUUGAAUACACUGCGGCUCACAUCAAAGAUUUUAUUGAUGAAGAUAAGUUAUUUUCUACAUUCGAAAUAGAAGACAUCACUCAAAUCAUGAAAUUUGCAAAUUUGACAACAAACGACUUCAUCAGCAUUCUGAAACAAUCACAAUUUACAGUCAAAGCAAACAAAUUAUAUAUGUGUAUUCGAAGCGCAAAUGUUUCUAUACAAAACUAUGAAGAUGCCAUCAAAAUACUUAAGUCAUCUAAGAAAUACCUUAAACUGACAUUUCUUGAUGGAGUUAUUGAUUUUUUAAUGCACUCACAAAAUGUUCCAUGUGAUUAUACAGAGAAAAUUCAAACUAUUCAAAUAGAAUUAUCAGAAAUUCAAAAUCAAAAACAACAAAGUGAAAAAGAACUCGAAUCAUUAAAACUUCAGCUCAAUCAAAUAAUUGAAGAAAACACUAGAUUAAAGGCAGAAAUCUACGACAGAAAUAGAAAUGUCAAUCAAGUCAACGAAGAAUUAAUUCAGAAAGAAAGUUCAGAUUCUCCAACUAAACUAAACGACGUUGAAAACAAAUUUAACGUCUUCAAGAAAAAGGAAAGGAAAAUAUCAUCCUCUUCUUGCUCGUCAUCAUCUUCAUCAGAAGAAGAAAAGGCUGAUCAUCUCAAGUUCACAAUUCGUAAAGUUUCUGAAGAACUAAAACCAGAAGGAAAACCAAAGAAGUUAUUACUUGAUGUCACAGUUGUCAAAGCCACCGAUUUAGCAUCGAUGGAUCUUAAUGGUAGAUCAGGUCCAUAUGUCGUUUUGAGUCUUAAUAAUUCAGAAGAUUUCAAGACAGAAGUUGUCAAGAAGACCAAGAAUCCAAAAUGGAAUGAAACAUUCGGGGCGGUGUCAUGUGAGGUGAAAUUUAUCAUACACCGAUUGGACCUUUUGCUUUCCCGAAAACAUAGAAUUUAUAUUGGGGGCCAAAUAUAUGUGCAUAUAUUUAUACUAAUCAAGCCAUAUUUACUCAUAUAG